CGUGGAGGUACGUGUUCCCCUCUUGUGAUUGAUUGCAAACAAAGACGGGUUAGUAAUUCGAUUCCGACUAGGUAGAGCCAAGGCAAGGCAGACUAGGAUCUAUAAAUGAAUCUGCAGAUUAGGUCACAGAGGCCACCCUCAGAUCGAUUGAGAACUGAACGAACCUAUUUCAGAUCUGUCUUGUUGCGUUGGGCAUACACCUCGAUUGCCACCAAAACCGAGUCUUUAGACGAACCAGACCUCAAUGAUGCAUCCGAAAAUUAACUCGGAGGAGCAGAUCGUCAUCGGAGAAGGGAUGCCCAAGAGGCAGCGGUGGCAGGCAAAAUACUGUGACCGCACCGGCAAAAGGUUGCGGCCUGUGCAGAAGCAGAAGCACCUCUAUCUGGUGCUAGAUGACUGGACCAAGGGCUUUUCCAUUCGCAAGAUUGACGCUGACACCUUGGACAGCAGCACCGACCUGGACCUGGAACCCACAGCCCUCCGGCUAGUGGCACCUGAACCUGAUUAUCCCAUGACCUUCGCUGCCCUGGGCAGCAAUAUCUUCAUUGCGAGCGACAAUCACCCCGGCAUCCUGGUCUUCGACACGGAAACAGCGGGACUGGCCACCGGCCCUCGUCUCCCGGAUGCACUGCUUGGCGGCAUUAACAUCUUUGUGGCUACUGCCGACAUGCAGCUGUAUGCAUUGAAGUAUAACACCAAAGAAAAGCAACAGUCCUUUCAGGUGAUGUCCACGGCCGGCGUCAAGGACCUUCACUCUUCAAAUCCAAGCAGGGAUUGGUCUUGGAAAAGCGUGCCCUCACCACUGACGUUUACAAAGGAUGAAAGGAUCACCUCCUACGCCAUGCACCCGAAUGGACACACUAUCUUCGUGUCUGUUUGCAACAAGCGCAAUCUAGAUCGUACUUUCUCCUUCGACACCAGGUACUGUGAGUGGAGGUGUCAUGGGGAAUGGGCGUUGCCUUUCCAAGGCCAAGGCUACUUCGAUAGUGAGCUGGAUGCAUGGGUUGGCCUUAACGAGGAUGGCUACAUUUGUUCUUGCCAAGUCGCAUCCUGCAGCAGCUCAGAUGCCUUGCAGCCAGACUGGAAAAUGGUCAGGGAGAAGCUUUUCCUCAAGCACCCCUGGAGCCCAGAUGCCACCUUCACGUACAUGGGCAACACCAUGUUUUGCCUCGUGGAGUGUGUGGAACAUGAAGAACUGGAUUUCGAUGACACCUUUGGUGAUUGUGAUGGCUUCAUGCUCUACAUCACCAUGUUUGGCCUUAAGUACAGUCGUGAGGGAGAUCUGCAAACCACGAUCCAUCGCAGCACCAAAUCCUAUCAAGUGUCUAAGCAUUGCAUGUCAUUUGCUCCUGUGGCCUUCUGGCUGUAGCUAGGAAUUAGCUGUUUGGCUUGGUUGUAAGUUAUGAUUUGUGGCAGUAAAAAAUUUACUUCUCUUGGCAAUGCAUCUAUACCUUCUGAUGGAUGUAAGUUAUGAUUUGUGGCAAUAAUAAAAAAAAAAUACUUCUCUUUGCAAUGAA